AUGAGGUCUUCCUUCUGUUUUGACAACGUUGCCAUAGAAUUGUCCACACAUUUUGUGAUAUCAGUUGGUUGUUCAUUUCAUACACAUUUUGACGGAUUUUUCAAAACAGUCAAGUCAAGUCAAGAAUCUUCCAAGGAAUAUUCUCAGAUUAGGGGCCAAAGGGCAGAAAUAGGUACCUCUCUCUCCAUAAAGGCCCGAACAUCGAGAGCAUUUAGGGUCGGCGCUGUUUCCAUUAUUCUUUUGAAGGUAGGUAGUGUGCUUGAUUUGGUUCACCGGAUUCGUAUCUAUGGUCCCUCUUUUCGUGGGGUGAUCAGUCCUCAAGGUCCGAAGAUUGAUCCGUCUUUCUCUUUAUCCGUUGGAGAGACCGUUGUUUCUUCACUUAAAGACCAAAGAUAUAACGUGCUCGUAGGUUUCUCUCAGUUAUCGCGCCUCCUUCUGGUUCUCUGUGAUCUGCAAGGUUUUUCGGGGUCUGUAAGGGUUUCUGAUCGAUGGAGUGUUUUUGGUGGUCAGGUUCGUUCAGUUCCUUCCCUGCAGACCUCUAAAUGUGCAAAAUCCUUGUAGUUGCUGGACCGAAGAUAUUGUAGUUUCACAAACACAGAAUACAUU